CGUUUCCUCUGCCGAACUGUGACUCUCUUCUCUUGCAUGCACUGUUCGUUCGCGCUCUUUUCCCCCUCCUCCUCCUCUCUUUCCCCCCCUUCGCGGACUCGCCGCCGGCGGCUCCCCGGCGACGGCUCUCCGUCCGGCGCCUCCCCCCCCCCCGCGCUCUUUCCCGGAGGAGCUCUUCCCGCGCGCGCGCGCGCGACCGAGGCAUUGAAUUUCUCCUCUCUCUUCUUUCUCUCUUCCCUUCUUUCCCUUGGUUGCCUUUUUUCUUGAGAAUUGUCGGUCUAGAUGAUAAUGCGGUUGCGCGCUUCUUGACUUUCUUGUGCUGAGAGACUGAUGGUUCGUCGUGUCGCUUCGUAGAUGAGGUAUAACGUGCCGGUCGCGAAGAGGACGCGGGCUCAAACCCGUUCGGGCCGUCGUGAUCGGCAUCGGAGGGAGGGAAUCAUCGCGGAAGGAGUUGAUGGGGAUGUGGAAUUUCUAGGGGAGGCGGAUUUGACGUCGGAGAAGGGGCGGAAUUGGAGUAAGGGUUUGGUGGAGGCGGAGGAUGUGAUAUCGAUUGUCUCGGUUGAUUCUGCUGAUUUGGGCAGUGGCGACGGGGUGCCUGCGGUUGCGGAGAGCGGGUUUCUUGAUUCCGCGCAGUCGAGCUGUUGCGGCGCGAAAUUAGGUGGGCGGCGCGAGGAUUCUUCUCGUGCUGAUGGCGACGGAGGGGAUGUUUCUAGUGAAAAGCCAGUCGAGGAUCGCACUGUGUUGAAUUCUGAUUCUACUUUGUGUAGGAAGCAAGAGGGUGCUCUUAGGAAUAGUGGGGCCGCUGUCUUUGUGCAGGACGGAAGCAUCGGCGAAAGCAGUGGCUCCAAAUGUGACAGUGGAAAGAAGGAAAAUUUGACCUCCUCCCCUGGUGGAGAAAUGGUAGAAACGGGUGCCUUGAAGGUUGAUGAGGAACAGAGCUAUGUCGAAAUUAUUGAGGUGUCAGAUGAGAUGGAGACAUCCUCUAAUGAGGAUGAGAUGGAGACGUCCUCUAGUGAGGAUGAGAUGUCGUCCAGUGAAGAUGACAACACAGAUUAUGAGGAUGAGGAUUACGUGGGCGAGACGGCGAGUUCUGUUAGCACGGAUAACUCAAGUUCUUCUAGUGAGGAGGAAGUAGGAGAUGGGAAAGAUGCAAGCAAAUGUGAGAUUACAGGAGAAGAAAGUGCUUUUGAUGGACCUCAAGAAGGGAAACCUGUGCCCGAUUUGAAGAACAGGAAAGCAAGCCAAUGUGAGAUUACAGAAGGAGAAAGUGCUUCUGACAGAUCUCGAGAAGGGACACCCGUGCCCGAUUUGAAGAAGAGGAAAGGAUUGGGUGUGAAAAUACUGACCGGUUCUCUUAGAGAUGAAGAUGAUGACAAAGAAAGUGCUGUUAAUGUCGGUGAAGAGCGCAAUUGUGUGGCACUACGAACUCGAUCACGUUUUGGUAGGCAAGGGAGAGAUAUGAUAAACGUUGGCACUUUCAGCCAUCCAUUCUGUCUUGAUGAUGAUGAUGAUGACCUUGGCUUAUCUCAAAAGUACUGUGUCAAAGAUGAAAUUCUCAUUAAUCAGGACAGCCAUCGUGUAAGAGAUAAAACUUAUUUUGCUGCAGUGUCAAACUAUAGAAAAGAUAGAUCAAAGUCGGGUAUAGAUCAAUCUAUGGAUGAUAAAGACGACGAUGUCUCCGAUGAUGAAAAGCGCAACCCAGAAAACUUUUCAUCCAAAUCCAUUAAGAGAAAAGCUGGUUCAAACAUCAAUAAUGGCGCCGAAUGUCCGCAAAAGGAAUGUGGGAAAGGUGAAGAUUUUCCAUUCCUAUCCAAGAGAAAGCGCGUUCGUUCUCCCCAAGAUUAUGAUGUCAUCAAAAUUCUGGUGGAUUCCAUUUGGGAUAAGGGGGAGAUAACCCCCCAGGAAGCAGAUGCUUUUAGAGACGCAACUCGUGAAGGAGAAACCAAUAGGCAAAGCAGUGAAUGGAUUCUUCCAUUGAAAUUUACUUUUGGAGAAGAGGAACCAAAGCAGCUGGAGAAAUCAGAAAACGAUAAGGAACUGGACAAGCUGUGGGAUGAGCUUGACUUUUGUCUCCGGACUUGUGAGAUCGACUCUUUUGAUGCUGAUCUGGUUGAAAGCGAAGAUGUCGACCCUCAGCCUCACUUUGAUGGAGUGAGCCUUUGUAGUCAGGGGAAUCAUGAGUUUAUUCUCGAUGAAGAAAUUGGAAUCAGAUGCAAACAUUGCUUCUUCCUGCGGCUGGAGAUCAAAUAUGUUGUACCACCAUUAAGUACUGAUCCUUCGGAAAAGUCGGGGCAAAGAGUCUUGGGUAGAUAUUACCAUGAGGACUAUUUGCUUGAAAAACUUCGCUCUCAAGACUCCGGUUGCGAUCUCCAAGCUGGCCUUCCGUCGGCCAAUGUGCGUGGUACGGUUUGGGACUUAAUUCCUGGUGUGAGAAGUGACUUGUAUCCACACCAAUGUGAAGGCUUUGAGUUCAUUUGGAAGAAUAUAGCGGGAGGAAUUCAGCUUGAUGAGCUGAGAAGGCAAACAACUGUUGGCUGUGAUGGUGGAUGUAUCAUAUCACAUGCUCCUGGAACUGGAAAAUCUCGGCUGACUAUUGUUUUUCUUCAAACGUAUAUGGAACUGUUUCCAAGUUGCAGGCCCGUGAUCAUUGCUCCUCGGAGCAUGCUCCUCACGUGGGAAGAAGAGUUUCAAAAGUGGAACAAGGAUAUACCAUUUCAUAAUCUCAACAAUCCCGAGCUUUCUGGGAAGGAAAGUAAGUCAGCUUUGAGUCUUCUAAGGCAAUUUAAACAUGGGGACCAGAGCCAAAAAUAUGUUCGUAUGGUGAAGCUGUAUUCAUGGACGAAAGAAAGCAGCAUUUUGGGAAUAAGUUACACACUCUUCAAGUCCCUUACGGGGCAAAAUAGGAGAGACAGUACACCUCGACAUAAAACUGAAGAUGAGCAGAGGAAAAUACUUCUAGCGCUUCCUGGUCUUUUAGUUCUUGAUGAAGGACAUACUCCUCGCAAUGACCGGAGCCUUAUCUGGAAGGCUUUGUGUAAAGUGGAAACGCAAAGACGCAUCAUUCUGUCUGGAACUCCUUUCCAGAAUAAUUUUGACGAGCUCUUUAAUACACUUUGCUUGGUGAGGCCAAAAUUUGCCGAAAGAAUUUCAUUGGGACGCUAUGUUAAUUUCCCUAGAAAGCGUGGACGCAAAAGAAGCAAGGUGAGAGGGGAAUGGGAUGUGAUGGCCCAAUCCAUAGUAAAAAAUGACAAUGACGGACUAGAAAAGCUCAAAACUAUGAUCGACCCAUUCGUGCAUGUACACAAAGGUACCAUACUUAAAGAAAGACUUCCUGGUUUGCAGGACUCUGUGAUUGUUCUACGGCCAGGAAAAUUACAGAAGAGCCUCCUUGAUAACGUGCAAAGCUUGAAGAGCCCGUUAUUGUUGAGUCACCUUGUCUCCUUAAUAUCCGUUCAUCCAUCUCUCUUCUCUCGGUGCUCUGUACCUGAGAGUGAAGGGCUAGCAGUUGACAGAAGUAACUUAGAAAGCCUUAGAAAGAAACCAGAAGCUGGGGUCAAAACCAGAUUUCUAAUGGAACUCAUCCGUCUUUGUGAGGCAAUGCAUGAAAAGGUCCUGGUUUUUAGCCAAUUCAUUGAUCCCUUGAGCUUUAUAAGGGAUCUGCUCAAGUCCAAUUUUCGUUGGACAGAUGGUGAGGAACUGUUGUACAUGGAUGGACAGGCUGACAUCAAGCAGCGCCAAUCCUCCAUUAAUGCCUUCAACGACCCAACGAGUGAAGUGAGGGUGUUGCUUGCUUCUACAAAAGCAUGUUCCGAAGGGAUUAAUCUGGUGGGCGCUUCGAGGGUCGUGUUACUGGAUGUUGUGUGGAAUCCGUCAGUUGAGAGGCAGGCCAUAAGCCGUGCCUACAGACUUGGACAGCAGAACAAGGUCUAUAUAUAUCAUCUGAUUACUUCCGGGACAAUGGAGGCUGAGAAAUACUGUCGACAAGUGGAGAAAGACAGAUUGUCCGAGUUAGUGUUCGCUUCAUCGGACAGGACUGGCAAUCCUAGGCAAAAAGUCACGUCGACGGGACCGGAUGAUAAAAUUCUGGAAGAGCUGAUACAUCAUCCUAACCUCACCGAUAUGUUUGAAAGGAUAAUUCACCAGCCCAAGGAGUCUAACUUGAUCGAGACAUUUAAUUUGGUGGACAAUUCUCAGACAUCUGUUUAGGAUGUCUUUGUACAGAUUCUGCCAGUUUAAGGGGAAGGAAAAAAGCUACAAACUGUGGUCUUUUGUACUUAUAGCUUACAGAGUUCUCUUCUGUUUUGGGUUGGGGUUCCAAAGACAUUUUGGUGGACCAUUCACGGACAUCUGUUUAGGAUGUCUUUGUACAGAUCCUGCGACUUUAGGUGAAGGAGAAAAGCUACAGACUAUGGUCUUUUACUUUUAACUUAUAGUUCUCUUCUGUAUUGGGUUGGGGUUCCAUAGAUAUUAUGGUUGUGAGGUCCCUGACUAUUCUUUUGUAGAUAUACAGAUGUUUAGAUGAGACCACCAAUGUGGCUUGGCAUGCCAUGUGGCUCCUUUUGAGAAA